AUUAAACUUGAAUCAAAAAUACGUUUUCUGAUUUUUCAUUAGUCACUCCUCUCUGUAUCAAUAGAGGGCGCUCUUCUGUGUGGAUGGAUUUCAUAUAGAGUAGACUAACCAGCUUUUCAUUCUGCUGAAUAUGUUCUUUUUCUUUACUUCAUUCUUUUCAUGUGGUCAUGUCAUGAUUUUUUAAAUUUGAUUUCACACUGUUCCCGUGCAGUUGAAAUGCAACCCGAAGCCGUAUGAUUUCUAUUUAAUGUCAUUUUUUUUUGCCGAUUCAUCCAGUCAGGGCAACAUGGCGACCGCAGUGGCUUCCCUGUGUCUUAAUCAGUCCUCCCCCUUUUGCCAUGUAUGCUUGGGGAGGGUGUCGGGUGGCAGCUGCUUCUAUUUUCGACCGGGCUGUGGAAGUCACAGAUGUCGCAAGGGGCGAUGGACCGGGCCAACAUGCAGGAGGUGAUCGAGCAGGGCAUGUUCGUGAAGCACUGUAAGGUGGAAGUGUAUCUCACUGAGCUCAAGCUGUGCGAGAACAGAAACAUGGAGAACCUGGUCACCAGACGCUUCAGCAAGGCGGACACCAUAGACACCAUAGAAAAAGAGAUGAGGAAGUUGUUCAGUAUUCCGGAUGAGAAGGAGACCAGGCUGUGGAACAGGUACAUGAGCAACACCUUUGAGCCGCUCAACAAACCUGACAGCACCGUACAGGACGCCGGCCUCUAUCAAGGACAGGUUCUUGUAAUAGAGCAAAAAAAUGAGGACGGAACGUGGCCCAGAGGCUCCUCCACACCCAAGUCAUCAAGCACUUCCAAUCUUUCAGCUUUGCCAAAGACCUCCCCUUCUUCUCUCACAAACAAUUAUAACAGCUUCAGCAACAGAAAUGUGAAGAACUCCAGUUACUGCCUGUCGGCCUGCCCCGGGUACAGCAGCUAUGAGCGGGGAGAGCCGGGCAGUCGCAGCGAGACUCCUGGCCUCUGUGGGCUCUGCAACCUGGGGAACACCUGCUUUAUGAACUCUGCCGUGCAGUGUUUAAGCAAUGUCCCUCCUCUCACGGAAUACUUCCUGAGAGACAAAUACCAGGAGGAGCUGAACGUGGACAACCCCCUGGGCAUGAGGGGGGAGAUCGCCAAGGCCUACGCCGAGCUGACCAAGCAGGUGUGGUCCGGGAAGUACAGCUACGUCACGCCCAGGUCCUUCAAGACGCAGGUGGGCCGUUUCGCCCCCCAGUUUUCGGGGUACCAGCAGCAGGACUCCCAGGAGCUGCUGGCGUUCCUGCUGGAUGGGCUGCACGAGGACCUGAACCGGAUCAGGCAGAAGCCCUACAUCCUGCUCAAAGACGCCGACGGCCGGCCCGACAAGGUGGUAGCGGAGGAAGCUUGGGAGAAUCACAUAAAGAGGAACGAUUCCAUCAUCGUGGACAUCUUCCACGGCCUCUUCAAAUCCACCCUGGUCUGCCCCGUCUGCGCCAAAGUCUCUGUGACCUUUGACCCCUUCUGCUACCUGACCCUCCCCCUGCCCAUGAAGAAGGAGCGCACUGUGGAGGUCUGCCUGGUGUGGAUGGACCCCCUGGCCAGACCCACACAGUACAAACUGACCGUGCCCAAAGUUGGGGGCAUCUCUGACCUCUGCGCCUCCCUCUCUGCUCUAUCAGGGGUACCUGCCGACAAGAUGAUUGUGACGGACGUGUACAAUCACCGGUUUCACCGAAUAUUCGCCACCAACGAGAACCUGAGCAGCAUCAUGGAGCGGGACGACAUUUACGUGUUUGAGGUGGAGGCGACCCGCCCGGAGGAUUCGGACCAGGCGGUGGUCCCGGUCCACCUGAGGGAGAAGUACAAGCAGUCGGGGUUCAACAACACCAGCACCCCUCUUUUCGGCGUCCCCUUCCUCAUCAGCGUCCCCCGAAGACUCAGCAGGAACAAGCUCUACAACCUGCUGCUGCUGCGCAUGAGCCGGUACAUCCGCAUGGCUGAUGAAGUCAAAGAGGAGGAAGAGGAGGAGGUAGUGUCGCACGUCCUGAAAGUCAAUGGCAUCAAUGGCAACGCCAACACCAAUGGAGUCCUAGAGGAGGGCAAUCCCAGUGAGAUGGAGACGGACGAUCAGGACGAGGAGUCCAGUCAAGACCAGGAGCUGCCUUCCGAGAACGACAACAGCCAAUCGGAGGGGUCGGUGGGCGGGGACAACGACCUGGCGAAUGGCGUUGGCCCGGAGCAGACGAGCGAGAGCCAGUCGGUGGCGAAGCACAGAGAAAGGCUUUUCACAUUCCACUUUAACAACAUGGGCAGGACCGACUCCAUCCAGGACGAGCCCGAAAUCAUCCAGUUUGAUGAGGCGCACCUUCGACUCAGUGAAAGGUCUUAUAUCUCCUUGGACUGGGAACCGGAUAUAAAGAAGAAGUACUUUGAUGAACGUUUAGCAGAGGAUUUUGAGAAGCACGAGAGCAUGGAGUACAAGCCACAGAAGAAGGCCUUUUUCCAGCUGCAGGACUGCAUCCAGCUCUUCACCACCAAGGAGAAGCUGGGAGCGGAGGACCCUUGGUACUGUCCAAGCUGUAAGGAGCACCAGCAGGCCUUUAAGAAGCUGGACCUGUGGUCGCUGCCGCCGGUGCUGGUAGUGCAUCUGAAGCGCUUCUCCUACAGCCGCUACAUGAGGGACAAACUGGAUUUCCUGGUGGACUUCCCCCUCAGGGAUUUAGACAUGUCUGAGUUCCUGAUAAACCCCAACACCGGCCCCUGCACCUACGACCUCAUCGCUGUGUCCAAUCACUACGGCGGGUUGGGAGGCGGUCACUAUACAGCAUUUGCUAAGAACAAAGACAAUGACAAAUGGUACUACUUUGAUGACAGCAGUGUGUCACCGGCUAGUGAAGAUCAAAUCGUGUCCAAGGCGGCAUACGUGCUGUUUUACCAGCGCCGGGACACCUUCAGCGGCACAGGCUACUUCCCCCUGGACCGGGAGACCCUGGAGGCCAGCACCGAGAAGGGAGCGUCCAAUCAGAGCGAGGAAGACGAGGAGAACAACAGCGAGAAUGAGAACGAGAACGAGAACGAGGAAGAUGGCGAUGACGAAGAGGAUGACGACGACAGCGAGGAGAAGGAGCCCGACCAUGAUGUCACGAUGAACGCUCACUGAGCUGGGAGGGGGAGGAGCUAUCUUAACACGCACUACAGAGGAGCACAAACCCUGAGUCAGACGGGCUGCAGUCUGCGCGCAUUCACACACACACACACUCAGGAAGGAGGGGCGUGUUACGGAGACUUCACAGGGAAGGAAGGAGGGCCGUGAUAUUGAGACUUCACAGGGAAGGAAGGAAGGGUGUGUUCUUGAGACUUCACAGGGACAGAAGGGGGGGUGUGUUCUUGAAACUUCACAGGGAAGGAAGGGUGUUUUCUUCAGACUUCACAGGGAAGGAAGGGUGUGUUCUUGAGACUUCACAGGGACAGAAGGGGGGGUGUAUUAUUGAAACUUCACAGGGAAGGAAGGCUGUUUUAUUGAGACUUCACAGGGACAGAAGGGGGGGUGUGUUAUUGAGACUUCACAGGGAAGGAAGAGCAUUUUCUGCAGACUUCACAGGGAAGGCCCAAAAUGAGGAACUGCUCAGCCCUCAGGGCUCUUGUGCUUUAGCCCCGUUUGUUUUUCAGUGGUCAGAACGCACAGGCGCGCCUUUGUGUUUCCAGAAAACCACUUCCUGCUCCUGUGCCCAGCUCGGGUCUGCUGACGAUGGCGAACGGAUUCGCUCGCACACGCACGCGUUGUAAGCAGGCGGCACCCGCGCACGCUACGCGCAUGACCCUGUUUAUCCAGAAGAGCGUCGGCGAGCCGCGCCGCGGACGGUUCUCCUUUUGCCAACGUUUGGUUUGCGUUCCUUUGAGCAAAGCGUUUUUUUUGCAUAUUAAUCUUGAUUAAACUCUGCUUUGUAAAUACCUCGAGUCAGGCCAGCGCAGUUUGUGGGUUCACAGCUAAGACGCUGCGCAAAAACUAGUGCCACAUACGCCAGCGUUCUUACAACCACCCAGAGGUUCUUCACAUUGAAAUAAUAAGACUUCAUGAACUGCGUUCUGACUACGGAGGGGAAUGUAUCUGCUGUGUCUGCUCCUUUCAAGGAAAGAAUGCUUUUAACCUUGGAACAGCCACGAUUAUUUUGAAUGCUGCUCUAUUUUAGAAAUUGUAGACAUGCGUAAAUUCAUAAAAGCUUUGCACACACGUCCUCUUAGCCACGCCAAACUGUCUUAACCACACAGGCUCCAGGCUUUAGAGUUUGGUUUCUCUUCUCACCUUUGUGCUUCACGCGGUAAACGCAGAUUCUUUUUUUUUUGAGAUUUUGAAUAUUGGGUGAUGUUUUCGGUUUUUUUAAAAAUGUCCAAAUAGUAAAAAAUCACCACAGCCUUACUGUAAUCUGAAGUCCUGCUAAUUUCUCGCUUUCUCAUGUCACUGUCAGCCUGCGUCGCUGUGGGGGGGUUGUCUGCCGGCCACAUUCGGCCUUUCGCCUCAGUGGACUCCGAACUAACUGGGCCAGAAUGUCCACAGAACACAGAAAUGUCAAGAGAUUGAGAUUGACGCUUUAACUGUUGCCUCCCGUUCAUAAUUGUAGGCAUAGAAAUGCAGUUUUUGUUUUAUUUUUGGUUGAAUGUGGGGAUGUACUGGCACAUCAUUGCCUUUAAGUGGCGCUAUGCAAAGAAGCAGGGAAAUGCUGCUUAUGGUGACUUAUAAGCAGGAACAUGAAGUGGUCUGUUGCUUUUGGGGGGGUUGGGCGGGGGGGGGGGGGGGGGUAGAGUGUAAUAUUAAUUUGUGUGAGAGACAGUAAAUUGAAUAGAAGCUAUACAUACUGUAUAUAAGAGGUCACUCUGUGAGUGUACAUAUGGUAAAUUAUUUAUAUGUUAGCAUGACAAAAAUGGUGAAAUAUAUUUAAAACUGAGAGAAGAGGGAAUGUGUAUAUGACAUGGCGUUGCUCUGUCACUCAGGACUCCCACCAGUGCUCAGUGGGGUAUUCAGUAUUUUAAUGAUGCUCUUGGAUUUAGACUUUUUUUUUUGUAAGAUUAAUAUUUGUAUCCUGCAUGAUUGGGACUGGGGUGGGGGGUGGGCGGGGUCUGGU